UUUCAAUCCGAACUCUCUUCUUGAUCCUAGUUGGCUGAAAGGUAAAAUGACAGCAGAAGAAUAUUAUCAGGCAAUCGAUUAUAUUAACAAAUGCACGGGUAGGUCUCAAGUUGGUCUGACUAAAGCCUAUCUCGCAUCCGAACGUGCAAUGCGUGCGCAGUUACGGAGUCAAACAGGCUUAGCUGCAGUAGAAGAAAUCAAUAAACGAUAUUCAUCAGUGCGCUUUACUUAUCAACAAACAGCUCAAGAUAUGAAACUUGACAUGUCAUAUAGUACAGAUCCGACUCUACGCUUUGCACAACGACGUGGAGAUACCAUUGGUCAUGCGUCAAAAACAGUACUUUAUAUUUCUGUCAAUUAA